AUGUUAAAUCAAAAUAAUGAACGAAGAUCUACAAGAUUUAUCAAUUUUGCCAAAUCUACAAGAGAUGUUUAUAUACCUAAAGUUACUAGUUCAAUAAGUUCAAUUGCAUCUAAAGCAUUUAGUAAUAACUCAGCUGUUUAUAAUGAAGAUGGUCAAUUAUUACUACCUCCAAAUACUUCAAUACAUUUAUUCCCACAAUAUUCAUUUAAACAUGGUGAUAAAUAUUAUAUCAAAGUUAAAGGUUGGAUGUCUGCUUCUGGUGGAAUGAAUAGAAGAAAUAGAAUGAUGCUAUCAGUAAUUACCAAAAUUAUUAAACAGAAUAAUACAAAUAUAGAUUUAGAUCAAGAUGUAAAACAAGAAAUUUUCAAUCCUGAAAGUUCAAGUUCAAGUGAUACUGAAAGUAUACAAUCUAAUGGUUCAGAAUCACCACUUGGUUCGGAUACAAUGAUAAGAGAAAGGUUGAAGCAUUUUUUAUCCAAGAAUAUACCCAAUACACCAAUUGAAAUAAGAAUAGGAAGUGAAAACAUAAAACAAGAUAAUAUAAAAACUGAAAAAUUAUAUACUGAUCAAUAUGGAUUUUUCAAAACUACAAUUGAGAUAGGUUAUAAACCUACAGUUGUCCAAGUACAAUCAUUAGUUUCAGAAACAAUUUUUGCCUUUCAAGAUGUUAUGAUUUUUAAAAGUAAUGGGAUUGGUAUAAUUAGUGAUAUCGAUGAUACAAUCAAAAUUACAGGAGUUAUUGGUGAUAAAAGACACUUGUUGAGAAAUUUACUAACUAAAGAUAUGCUUGAUUGGUCAAUACCCAGUGUUAUAGAUUGGUUUAUUAAAAUUUAUAAAAAUGAAGAUGUUAAUUUCUUCUAUGUUUCAAAUUCACCAUCGCAAUUAUUUAAUAUAAUCUAUCAAUAUUUACAAUUGGUUAAUUUACCUCCUGGAUCAAUACAUUUGAAAACAUAUCAUGGUAAUUUAAUUAAUUCAUUAUUGGAAACACCAAGUUUAAGAAAACAAGAAUAUUUAUAUAAAAUUCUACAAGAUUUUCCAGAGAAAAAGUUUAUAUGUAUUGGAGAUUCUGGUGAAUAUGACUUGGAAGCUUAUGUGGAUAUAGCUAGAAAAUUCCCAAGUCAAGUAAUAUCAAUUAAUAUCAGAUAUGUUAAAGAUUCAUUUAGUGAUACUGAUGACGACAUGUAUAUAUAUAAAGAACUACUAAGAUUGUUAUCAAUAAAAAGAAAAGAAAUACCCAAAAUCAAGAAAAUACCCGAGCCCGAUUUAAUAGAUUUAUCAAAUACAAAAGUCCCACCAAUGGUUCCUAAAAAACCUGCAAGUCUACAAGGUAAACAAUUAAGAAAACCUCCAUUACCCGAAAGACCAAAACGGUCACCAUCACCAACAUCAAAUAUAUCAUCGGAUGGUACUAAUCUAGAUUAUGAUUUACCACCUCCAUUACCUAAAAGAAAACCCGAAUUUUCACCAAAUUCAAGCAAUUCAAGUUUUGAUUUAAACGAUCUUUGUUCAUCACCAAGUUUCCUAGAUUUACAAGAGACUGAUAAAAAAGGAGCAAAAUGGAUUCAAAGGAUUAUAGAAGCUUUAAAAGAUUUAGAAGGUACAGAUACAAAAAUUAAUUUAUUUAUGGAUUCAGAUGAAAAGUUUUUUAAAGAUUCACAUAUUGAAUUAAAUGAAUUAUGCAAAUGA